UGACAACAGAUUCACUAAGUAUUACGCUACAGCACAGUGUAUUGCACAACAGCAAGAAAUCCUUCAUAUAACUAAUUUCAAGUUCUUUGACUACAUUUAUUCAGAAACCUAUAAUAUAUCAAAUAUUUAAUUACAAUCCAAAUUCAGACUUGUAUCAAGCUUGAAUAUUGUGUCCAUUUUUGCCCCAACUGUUCAGGGUUGGACCUCUGUGGGCGUAUCCAGCUGCGCUCAACGAAGCAGCUUAUUACAAUUGCUUGUAAUUCAUAUGACAAAAUUCUUUUUAUGAAAAUAAGAAGAUGUGGUCUGAUUGCCAAUAAGACAACUCUUGAAUACAGAAUAAGUGAUGUUAAAGUUUACAAGCAACUAUAGGACUGGUAUAUUUGUGUAACUGUAUGGCUUUCAACAAUGAAAACAAACCUCUUGUACUGAUAUACAUGUUAUGUGUACAUUUCUAUCAACUGUAACACUAACAAUCAAUAAACAACUCCUCAAGGUGGUUACAUUUUUUUAAAGAUUCACUACACAGUAACCAGUGACAUACUUCCUCUGAUUCAAUAUAUUAUGCACCCAUGUAACUCAUCUACAGCAGGAAUUUUCAAGUUCUUAACCAUGAUACAUUCUUUAUUUUACCAGAACCAUAUCCUCUUUGCUUUGAAAUUAUGAGAAAUUAUUUAUUAUUGCCAAGUUGGUUAGAACCCCUGCAGGGUCAAACCAAACAUUUUAGAAUUGGUAUUUGCUGCUUCUCUGCUAAACAUGUGGCAUUAAGGAGUAAGAACAAAGGCUGGUCAGCUCAUAGUCAGAAUAAUGUGUCUGGGUAAGGUGACAAGGUUUACUGCGGACUGUUACCUUGUGAACUAGCACGUUAAAAAUCCGGCUCCGCAUGUGGGAUACUACAAAGCAGGGUUCUUAUUCUUAAUUCAUUAACAUGAUAAGCAUACAUUUUUUAAUGACUGCUUAAAUAACAUGUUCAAAAUUCUGAAUAAUAAUAUAGAAUUGUUUAUUUCAGGCACAAGUACAAUGUAUAAGAUUCUCAAAGAGUGUGCCGCUUCUGUUAGACAUAGUGUGGAAGGGUUGGACUAUUAUGUGGCUGAAGGUGGAAGAGCUUUUAGAGAUAUGGAAGAAAUUUUGGAAGGAUUUGAUUGUGAAGAUGAGGAUAUCAAAAAGAUGAAGGCUGAUUUUCUUGAAGUUAAAAGAUACUUAAAGUCAGAUUAUAAGGUACAUGUAAGAGACAUGGCUCAAAUUGCAGACCAUUGCAGAUCAUAUGCACUGAGUGAUACAGACAGUAAUUUCAGGAAUGACUGUAAACAUGAACAUACACUUUGUUGUACUCAAUGUAUUUCAUUAGAAUCUCUUAUGGAUGAUGUUCUAGUUAAAGUCAACAACAAAGAAUGGGAUCACACAGAUUCAGUUAUGUUUAAGGUAGAAAAAGCAGUUGAUGAUAUUAAAGAAUGGAAAGGACAUAUAUUACACUCAAGAAAUCAGAAAGAGGCAAGGAGGAAUACUCUUGAAAUCAUCAAAGAAAAAAAAGAUGUUAUGAUAACGACAGACUGGGCCAUGAAGUUCUUGCCCCGCAAAUUCAGAGAAGGCAAACAGAUUGGUUGGCAAAACGAGGCAUAA